AUGUAUCCUUCAUCGCUAUGCUCUCAUCAAACGUUCCCGCCAAUAUCUCACACAGCAUUGCUUAACCGCCACCGCAAACCAGCGCAUGGUAGCCCCGCUGGCGAACGGCGGAGAGCUACUUACGUAGCUUGUGCUGAAAGAAGUAGCAGAGGUUCCACGCGCAGCGCAGAUGAUUAUCAUGGCACUCUGAAAGCUCUCAAAUCCAGAGGCAGAUUCCCCAGAAAAUCUCUUGGCCAGCAUUAUAUGUUGAAUUCCGACAUAAAUGACCAACUUGCUGGUGCGGCUGGUAUCGAACAAGGUGAUGUCGUGUUGGAAAUUGGGCCUGGAACUGGCUCCCUGACUAAUGUUCUUAUAAAUUCAGCGGCAUUCGUACUUGCAGUCGAAAAGGAUAAACACAUGGCUGCCCUCGUGAGUGAAAGAUUUUCAAGUACAGGAAAGUUAAAGGUUUUGACCGAGGAUAUUGUCAAAUGUCACGUGCGUUCUCAUAUGUCGUCAUUGGUUGGAAGCAUAAAUUCAAAAUCCAGAAAUGCAAAAGUGGUUGCUAACAUUCCCUUUAAUAUCAGUACAGAUGUGAUCAAAUUACUUCUUCCAAUGGGUGACAUUUUCUCAGAAGUGGUUCUACUGCUCCAGGUUGGAAUUGAUCGCUCUCUAGUAAAUAGCCUCCUUUUUAUUACAAACAAGGCUAUAACUAAACAUAUCUCACGUUCCCCAGACCUCAGAGGUCUGUUGGAUUUUCGGACAGAAGGUGGUGAAGGAACAACUGAGAUAGGAGAUGGUAUAGGUGCAGUAUUUGUGAAUAAGGGUGUUGGAUCUGUAUCCAAAGGUAAGGGCGGUUGGUGUCUAGGUAAGGGUAUGGUUUGUGAGGAGACUGCAGUUCGCUUGGUAGUGCCAUCACUCCGGACCCCCGAGUAUCGUCCCAUCAAUGUAUUCGUGAAUUUCUAUUCAGAGCCGGAGUACAAAUUUAAAGUCCCAAGAACCAAUUUUUUCCCUCAGCCUAAUGUUGAUGCAGCCGUUGUCUCAUUCAAGCUGAAGCUACCGUCAGAAUAUCCCCAAGUUUCUUCCACUAAAAGCUUCUUUUCAUUGGUUAAUUCAGCAUUCAAUGAGAAGCGUAAGAUGCUGCGCAAGUCACUUCAGCACAUAUGCACAUCCCUUGAGAUCGAAGAAGCUUUAACAAGCAUAGGACGUCUAGCUACUGUAAGUGAUCAGAGUUCAAGACCUGAGGAACUAACAUUGGAUGAUUUUGUAAAAGUGGACUCCCUUGUGCAAUACACAGCUUGUAAGUUUAACUGCCUCAGAGAUGGUGUAACUGGGUUGAAUCAAUCACACUACACUGUAAAUGAAGAGCAAUCUGUUCUUGAAGCUGAAACAAAUGCUUCCCUCGUCAUGAAGGGAAAAUGA